AUGGACAUAAGUCACCCCACACUUUUUUCAUUAGGUCAUAAAUCAAGGCUCAAGUAUAAAAUAAUACCAAGUAUAAAUAGGGGGAGUAAUAAACACAGUUUUGAAGUAUUAGAAGCGAAACAAAUCAAAAUUGCACAAUUAUAUAUAAUAUAUAUUUUCAAUAAAUACAAAAUGACAAGAACUAACAAAUGGACAGUUCAUGAAGCGAAGUCGAACUCUAAGUGGUUCACUCAUCAUGGCCCAAUUAACUGCGACCCAACCAAAGUUAAGAAACUGGGAGCAGGAAAGGGUAAUUGGGGCAAGCCAGGAGACGAGAUGAAAGACGAUACAGAUAUGGAUAUGGUGACUAUGUUCGGACAGUCGCAAAGAAGGAAUUCGAAUCAUAGCCAGAAUGAGCAAGAUAUGAAAAUGCUCAACGAACAAUUAGACCAUUCUAUGUUUGCCAUGUAG